AUGGCGGGGCUGGGGCCUGGGCCCAUGCACAGGCCGCCUAGCCUGCCCGGCCUGCCCGGCCCGCCCGGGAGCGGGCAGGCAAUGCCGCAGCAGCUGCGGCCGCCCAUGCCGCUCGGGGGCAGCGCCGGGGCGACCCCGAACGUCUGGACGGAGCACACCGCGCCUGACGGGCGCAAGUACUACCACAACAAGGCGCUCAACAAGUCCAGCUGGGAGAAGCCCGCUGAGCUCCUGUCACCCAAGGAGCAGAAGGAAACCUCAGGAUCUGAGUGGAAGGAAUUCACGGCCCCAGACGGCCGCAAAUACUACUACAACAAGGUGACUAAGGAGUCAAAGUGGACCGUGCCGGACGAGCUGAAGCAGGCAAGGGAAGCCGCUGCCGCCAAAGCCAGCCCCAACCCUGCUGCAGGCUCAGUGCAGGUGGUGAAGCUGGAUGCUGGAAGCAGUCCGGCCUCGGUGCCCAACGGCGCGUCGCAGGCGUCCCCGCUGCCGACGCCCUCGGCCACUGUCAAGGAUGAUGCGGACGCCAAACCCGCAGCCAGUGCCGCAGCAGCCGCUGAUGUUAAAUUCAUGUACUCCUCCAAGGAGGAGGCCAAGGAUGCAUUCAAGGAGCUGCUGGCGUCGGCACAGGUGGCGUCUGACUGGUCCUGGGAGCAGACCAUGCGCAGCAUUAUCAGCGACCCCAGGUACUCAGCGCUGAAGUCGCUGGGUGAGAAGAAGGCGUGCUUCAACGAGUACCAGCAGGCGCGCAAGAACGAGGAGGUGUUUGAGAAGCGGCAGCGGCUGAAGCGCGGGCGAGAGGAAUUCACCGCCAUGCUGGAAUCGACGACGGAUCUGCGCGCCAGCACCCGCUACUCCGCGGCCGCUGCCCUGCUCGAGGAUGAUCCUCGCUGGAAGGCCGUGCAAAGGGAGGAGCGGGAGCUUCUGUACGCCGACUUCAUAAAGGAGAAGGACAAGAAGGAGAGGGAAGCCAAGAAGGCCGAGCGCAGGCGCAGGACGGCCGCCUUCAGGGUGCUUCUGGAAAAGACCACCGGCAUCAAGGUGGACACGCCCUGGCGCAAGGCAAUGGUGAAGUUGGAGGGGGAGAACGAGUACGAGGCCCUGGACAAGCUGGACCGCCUGGAGGUCUUCCAGGACUACAUCCUGCACCUGGAGAGGAAGGAGAAGGAGGCCAAGGAGAAGGAGAAGGAGGAGCGGCGGCGGAGGGAACGCAAGAAUCGCGACGCCUUCAAAGACCUGCUCCAGCGGCACCUCAGCGAGGGUGUCCUCGUUGCCCACAUGCGCUGGAAGGAUUACCAGCCGCUGGUGAAGAAGGAGGAAUCGUGGAUAGCCGUGGAGAAGAACCUGACGGGGUCCUCGGCCAAGGAGUUGUUUGAGGACGCGCUGGAGGUGGCAGAUGCGCAGUUUGACAAGGACAAGGCCUUGUUGAAGGAGGUCACCAAGGAGAUUCCCGUGCAGCCUGACUCCACCUUUGACCACUUCAACGCCGCCCUCGAAGCCGUUGACAGCGUCAAAAACGUCAUCAAGCCCAACAGGAAGCUGGUGUUUGAUGAGCUGCUGGCCAAGGUGAAGGAGCGCGCGGCCAAGGAGGAGAAGCGCCGCAAACGCGCACGCGAUGAUUUCAUCGAUCUGCUGCGUGAUUCGCGCGCCAUGACGGUCGACUCCUCUUGGGAAGAUAUCCGGCCCUCCCUGGAAAGCGCCCCCGAGUACAAAGCGAUUUCCAAGGAAGAAAGGGAGCAGGCCUUCAAUGAGUACAGAGCAUACCUGAAGGAGAAGGCGGAGAGAAGGAAGGCAGCAGAGGAUGGCGAGGAGGGGAACGCUGAUAAGCACAAGAAGAAGCGCCAUAAGGAGAAGAAGGACAAGCGCGACCGUGACGGGGGAGAUGAAGAUGACAAACGGCACAAGCGGUCAAAGAGGGACGAGGAUGCAGAGGGGGGCUCCGAGGAGAAGAAGAGCAAGCGGCACAAGCGAGACAAGGAGAAGCGCCACCGCAGCAGCCGCAAGAGCGAAGGAGAAGCGGCGGCCGACGCCGGGGACGGCGCCACGCCCGACAAGGAGGACGGCGAGCCGGCCGCAGCCGCCACCCCGGCGGCCGACGGCGUUGCGGCCGCGCCGGCAACGGAGGAGCCAACCGAGGACGGCGAGUUGUGA